CCUAUUCACACGUUUUUUGACACAUGCAGACAGACACACACGGCACAGAAUCAGUUUCACAUCCACCCAUACACACACACUUGCCUGAACAGGAUGGUCAAGAGAGAAUCACAUUCAUCUGAUCACCUCACUGGAGGUUCUCACAGAAGGAUAAUGACAACUAAACUGGCAACAGCCAUAGCUGCUUUCUUUCUCUUGGCCAGUAUAGCCGUCAUUAUAGCAAUAGCUACAGUUCAGGCAAAACACAGGACUUACCUCUCCCCUGGACUUAAGUACGGUAUUGUGUUGGAUGCCGGAUCCUCCAGAACUACUGUCUAUCUGUAUCAAUGGCCAGCCGAGAAAGAGAACAACACCGGGGUUGUGAACCAGACUGCAAAAUGUCCGGUUAAAGGUCCUGGUAUCUCAGAAGAUAAUGCCGAGGCCUGGAAGAACCUUAACGAGUGUAUGGAAAACAUAAAAGAGUUCAUCCCUCCACAUCAACAUAGCUCAACACCCAUCUUUCUUGGUGCAACUGCUGGAAUGAGACUGCUCCGCCAGAAGAGUGAAGAAGAGUCCAACGCUAUCCUGAUUAAAGUACGGAAUUAUCUUCGUUCUUUGCCAUUCGCUUUCCAUAAUGCUUCCAUCAUCUCAGGUCAGGAAGAGGGGCUGUAUGGGUGGAUAACUGUCAACUACCUGAUGGGAAAAUUCCUGGAGAAAAAUAUAUGGAAUGCUUGGGUUCAUCCUCAUGGAGCACAAACUGUGGGGUCCCUGGACCUGGGCGGAGCCUCCACUCAGAUUGCCUUCGUGGCUCCAUCUGAUGCCAAAGGACAGGAUCUAAUCAGCGUUUCACUCUAUGGCUAUGAAUACAAUGUUUACACACACAGCUUCCUGUGCUAUGGAAAAAAUGAGGCUGAAAAACAAGUUUUGGCAGAACUUGUAAAGCAGUCCUCUGAUUUGUUACGUAUAAAUCACCCCUGCUACCCUCUUGGCUACAACAUCACCAUGUCCAAGGAUGACAUCUUUGGCAGUGAGUGUACAAAGAAUGCUAUUCCAGCUGGCUAUUCCUCUGGGAAGACCUUCACUUUCUUUGGACAGAGUGAUCCAGCCAAGUGCAAAACUGUGGUCAGGAAGAUUUUUGACCUGAAGUCAUGUCAGAAGAAAGAGCACUGCUCAUUUAAUGGAGUAUACCAACCACCUGUUACAGGUGACUUCAUGGCCUACGCAGGAUUUUACUACACAGCUGAUAAUAUGAACGUGAAGGGUUCAAACAGUCUGGAGAAGUUUAAUGCUACCAUAUGGUCAUUCUGCUCUAUGAACUGGAAAGAACUCAAGAAAAACUACAACGUCUCAGAGAAACACUUGAGAUCAUAUUGUUUCUCUGCAAACUAUGUUCAUACAAUUCUCAGAGACGGAUACAAGUUUAAUACUGACAACUGGGAAAAUAUUAAUUUUCAAAAAGAGGUAAAUAAGACAAGUAUAGCCUGGUCCCUGGGCUACAUGCUGUUUCAGUCUAACAUGAUCCCUGCGGAGGCAAAGCUCCUGAAGCUACCCAUUUCCAACAGUGUGUUCACUGCUCUACUCUUCCUGUUCUCCGCUCUCAUCGUCAUCACCCUUAUGUUCCUCAUCAUCACACUGGUGCGGAUCUUUUACUGAUGUCUCUGAAAGCCCUACUCAGGAGCCUAGCUUUAGCCUUUGAGCUGCAACACUAGAAGCAAAAAGGCACAAUGAAAUGCAGGAAAACAUCUGUUUACCUUGCUGUCUGUGCCACUGGUUCAGCUAUUCAUGACAGGGCUCAGAAACGGGUUCACACCACAACAUUCACUGCCUGAAGUCUCGACAUCUCAACUAAAGAGAUGCACAAUAGCACGCGUAACCUCUGAUAUAUUAUUGCAGCUAAAUCAGGGAUUUGUCUUUAUUGCCGGAAUGCAAAAUAAAAUAUAGCUUUUAUGAAGGUCUGAUACUGGGAAAGAGGUUAGAGCGCUUUGCAAAAAUACAGUCAGAAGUGUUUGCUGUUUCUGCACAUGCUGACUGUGUUUAGAUUUUAUUUAUUCAGUGUGAAGUGAGUAGUUAAGGCACUUAAAAGGAAACAAAGUGAAGGUAUUUAAAUUGAAUAGGCUUCAAGAAACUAUGACCAUUGACACAUAUUUUAGAUCCCACAUGUCACAAACCAAGUCAUUUUUGACAACUGUUCAGUUUAAACAUGCUUCUACUUUGCUUCUAUAUGUGAAUCACUGUGUAAGACACAAAGUUGUGUGUGAUUGUGCUUGAUGCUUCACAAUGAUGACAGAUCUUAAGGCUCUAUUUAAAUCUAUUUAAAUUUUACUGGAAUAUCACUGUAAUAAGAGCUGAUAGCAAUUCUGUAGAAUCGUGACAGUAUGUCUACGAUUGUUCCACAUACACUUUAGAAGGAUCCGAGGCAGUUAAAAUAUUAAUACUAUUUAGAAAGUAAAGAAUUACUAUUUACUAAGUGAUUGUAUUUGCUAGUGCUACUACUAAAACUACUUGUCUGUGACCACUCCAUCUUUUUUUUUUUCAUUUUUCCAUUUAUUAUUUUGACAGGUUUACUUAACAUUGAUGUGUUUUCUAUAUUGAAUGUGUUCGAGUUGCAAAAGAAAGGCUCUAAUUUUUUUAUGCAGCAAUAUAACAAGACAAGUCAAAGACAUAAAUAGCAACUUGUAAAAAAUCUACAUGUAGCGUUUCAGAAUCUUCAGAGUAAUAUUGUUCUGUACAUAAAAUGCACUAAACAGGCCUUAUAGCAUAUACUCACCCCUAAACCUAAAAUAAUACUAUACCAUUAGAGGAAAAAGAGGAAACAAUCCUGACUUUCACCAACAUUAAUGAACGUUUGGAAACGCACAGGUUUGUACAGGUUAUUGGUUAAGCAGGCCUCUAAUUAAUUAAUUAAUUAAACAGUAAUGAAUAAUAUUGAAUGAGAAAGGAUAAAAUGAAGGAGAAUGAAUAACAUUAAAGGAGAAAGGUCCAUAGCUCCUGGUGGGAGAUUAUAUUGUUCAGGAUACUGGUUUCUCCUAUCACAAUUAAGAAACUAUAAUUAAAGCAUCCAACAUGUUUGUUUUGUGUUUUGAUGUUUGUCUCAUUGUCGUGCAUUGUGUGUCUUAAAUAGGUUUCAAUGCAUGUCAUGUUUUAGUGUACAUUUUAGUGAAAAGAUAAUAAACU